UAUUUUUAGUGACAUUAUUGUUUCAGCUGUACACCCGUAGCGAUGCUGUAAGUUUUUAUUUAAAAUAAUAUUUAAAUAAAAUAAUUUAAUUAUUUUCUUUACCGCACUGAAGGCCAACUACCAAAUAGAAGCGCUGAAUGGCACACGAGUGAGUAUGGGCGAAGGACCGCAUUGGAAGUACCCCAAUUUAUAUUAUGUGGAUUUGGAUACUGGAGAAGUGGUGCGAUAUGAUUCCAUUACAAGGAGGACCUACAAAUGUCAAAUAAUAAAUCACCGCCGUGUUUCCUUCAUUAUACCAUAUAAAAAUUCCGACAAACUAUUUGCUGUUGGCCUCAAUCAUUUGGCCGCACAAAUUUACUGGGAUGGUUAUGCCAAGAAGUGUCACGUUGUUAAGAAGUUGUUUGAAGUGGAGACGACGAAUCCACGUGACAUCAACAAUUGUCUGAACGAUGCCAAAUGUGAUGCCAAAGGACGUCUCUUUACCGGCACGGGUAAUUGUGAUUUCGCCAAUGCCGGUGUGAACGAUCAUGGACCACAUCGAAAUCUGUAUAAAUUCGCUAACGGUAAACUGGAACGGAUACUGGCAAAUGUGAACCUCUCGAACGGCAUGGCAUGGAACUACACACGUAAUGAGUACUAUUACAUCGAUAGUGGUCGAAAUGAUAUUAUACAAUUCGAUUACGAUUUGAAAUCGGGACGCACGGUGAAUCCAAAUGUUGUCUUUCAUCUGGAUGUUAGUGAGUUCCCACCCAAUCAUAGCGGUUGGAUCGUCAUGGACGGCAUGACACAAGACACGUCCGGUUAUCUAUAUGUGGUUGUAUUCGGUAGCAAUAAAAUAUUAAAAAUUUGCACCAGGAAGUGGACUAUAGUUGAGCGCAUUGAAACACCUUGCAGAUUUAUAUCGUCGGCUACGUUUGGUGGCGCCAAACGCAAUGAACUCUAUGUGACCUCUGUAGAUUUGACAAAUGGCACAACUCCUUGUGGCGAGAUCUUUCGAAUCAGCGGUUUCACUGCGCGUGGAGUACCCAAUGAACCGAUAGAAUUGUAGGGAUUUGUAAAGAAAUAAUUACAAAAUUAUUAAAGGAAUGAAGAGGUAUGGAACUUUUAUUUGAAUAUGGAAUGUUUUGGCUACAGAGUCUAAUCGUACUUAUGUCUUGACUAAAUCGGGUUUAGCCUGCUUCGUCUAUUUUAAUGUUUAAUUUGCUCUAUUUCUACACUUUCAUAUCAUAUCGUAACGCUAUUAAAAGCAAUGAUUACACCAAAUUGUGUUGGGGUAGUUUCAACAAGAUAUCCAAAUUCUUAUCGCUAGCAUGAACGUACGGACGCAUAUCACAAACGGAAAUCGUCAAACUGAUUGAUUUCAUAUCAUACGAUUACAUAUAAAGGGUUGUUUUUUAGAGGUUUUGAAUUUUAAUAACAAGUGAAGCACUUAAAUCGUAUUUAGUGUUUUCAUAUCGGCAAUAUGUCCACUGUCACUGAGUCUUAUAAAGUUCAUCCGUUCAGUCCAAUUUAUCUUAAACUUUUUAUGGUUUUAUCAGUAUAGAUCAUCUUUUAGAGUUUCAUCGAAGAAAGUAAAAGAAUGUCUUGAGCUUUAUUGGGACUAUCUGACUAUUUCAUGAUAAAUCUACAAUGGGUUCCAGUACACAGUGACAUUCCUGGAAACUGUGAAGCGGAUGAACUAAUCGGACUAGGUUCCACCUUACAAAUACGUCAAAACCAAAUGUACCUAAGUCUCGGUGGAAACAAUCUCUGACUUGCUCAACAAGCAGACAAACGUGGCCUGAAUGGUAUAAGGUAUGCAGUAUAUUGAAAUUUAAAAGAAACGACUUAAGAACUUGAGUAUAAGUGUUAGGAGGUCAUUGUCUGAUUGAUAGGCAUGCCAGUGGACUGGAGACAGCAUAUAAUGACUAUUGCAGAAGCAGCCAAGAUGUAGUAGAGGCGGAGACAGUAGUACAUCUUAGAAAGAUCCGGAAAAGAAAUACAACGAUCGUUUACGAUUUUCAUGACGAUGUCUCCGUAAUUGCAUUUAUAAAACUUGUUGAAUUGAACAACUUUAUCAAGACCACACUAUGGCUCAGCGAGAACAUGGUGGAGUGCGGGGAUUCUAGUCCAAAUGGUGUAACAAUAGGCCUCCUAAAGGCCUAAGUGCGCCGUAAGACUUCCGCUUUACCUACUUACCUUAGUAUAGAUCAUUGACCUAGUUAGCGAAUUGCCGGCCUCUUUCUUGUUUUUAUUCGGUCACCAAAAGUUUGUUCGAAUAAAGUAAUGAUUUCACGAGCUUUAUGGACGGUUGAACCAUCUCGUAUGUGAAACCGUUUAGCAAAGAAACGAUUUUGGAGAAUAUAGAAAACCAAAAAAGUUUCGAGAAAUAUGCAAGAAUGGCAUAGAGUUUGAGAAAUCAUGUCCAAAAUUAAAAAAAAAAAACAAGAAAAAACGUUAACUUCGGCUGUACCGAAGCUAAUAUACCCUUCACAGGUGCAUUUCUUUUAUGUGUUUAAGCAAAUCUAAAUACGUAAGAAAAAGUAAGUAAAAAAAAAGAAAACAUUUUACUAAUUCUUUUUAGCCGGGUUGUUUGCUAGAAACAUUAAGGUUAUAUAGUUAACCCAUCUGAACAAUUUCUUCGGAGAUUAUAUUAUUACCUUAAGCAGUAAUCCAUGUCAAAUUUCGUGAAGAUACCACGGCAAAUGCGGAAGUUUUCCAUACAAGCCCUUGAUUCCGAUCGUUCGGUUUGUAUGGCAGCUAUAUGCUACAGUGAACCGAUCUGAACAAUUUUUUCGGAGAUUAAAUUAUUUCUAUGAACAAUAACUCACACCAAAUUUCGUGAAGAUAUGUAGUAAAAUGCGGAAGUUUUCCAUACAAGCCCUUGAUUCCGAUUGUUCAGUUUGUAUGGCAGCUAUAUGCUAUAGUGGUGCGAUAUCGGCAGUUCCGACAAAUGAGCAGCUUCUUGAAGAGAAAAUAAAAUCUGCAAAAUUUCAAAACGAUAUCUUAAAAACUGAAGGACUAGUUCGUAUAUAUACAGACGGACGGACAGACGGACAUGGCUAAAUCAACUCAGUGCAACAUACUGAUCAUUUAUAUAUUUACUUUAUAGGGCCUCCGACGCUUCCUUCUGGGUGUUACAAACUUCGUGACAAACUUAAUAUACCCUGUUCAGGGUAUAAAAACUGAUAUUUCGCUGCUUAGACAG